CACCCCCCGCCAUGAAGAAAAGCCAAGAGGACUGUCAGCGAACGUCGGACGAAACGGCCAGCACGAGGGGCACCAGCCACAGCCUGGACGAGCUGGGCACCGGCCCCCGCGAGGAGGUCAGCUCGGUGGGCUCCGACUCCGAGGUGAACGGCUUCAGCAACGGGGAGCAGAAGAUCGACAAGUACGGCUUCAUCGGAGGGGCGCAGUACACUGGCGAGACGCAACAUGAAGUACCCCCUGAGGUGUUGCGACAAAGGGAGUCUAAAUGGCUGGAUAUGUUGAACAACUGGGAUAAAUGGAUGGCAAAAAAACAUAAGAAGGCGAAGCUCCGAUGUCAGAAAGGAAUUCCCCCCUCACUCCGCGGCAGAGCUUGGCAAUAUUUGUCAGGAAGCAAAGUGAAAAUGGAACAAAAUCAUGGGAAAUUUGAAGAGUUGGAUCAAUUGCCUGGUGAUCCAGCAUGGCUCGAUGUAAUAGAAAGAGAUCUACAUCGGCAAUUUCCUUUUCAUGAGAUGUUCGUUGCUAGAGGAGGACACGGGCAACAAGAUCUUUACCGAGUUUUAAAAGCGUACACAAUUUACAGGCCAGAGGAGGGUUAUUGUCAGGCUCAGGCCCCAGUGGCUGCUGCUCUGAUGCACAUGCCUGCGGAGCAAGCUUUUUGGUGCCUGGUCCAGAUCUGUGAAAAAUAUCUACCGGGAUAUUACAGUGCUGGGUUGGAAGCAAUCCAGUUGGACGGGGAAAUUCUUUUUGCCUUACUGCGGAGGGUUUCACCAGUGGCACAUAAGCACCUAAACAAGUACAAAAUUGACCCUAUUCUCUACAUGACCGAGUGGUUCAUGUGUGCAUUUUCAAGGACCUUGCCGUGGGUGUCAGUGCUGAGAGUGUGGGACAUGUUCUUCUGUGAAGGUGUAAAAGUGAUAUUCCGGGUUGGUCUUGUUCUCCUUAAAUAUACACUAGGCUCACCAGACAAGCUGAAGAGUUGCAAAGGCCAGUAUGAGACGAUGGAAAAACUGCGUAGCAUUGACUCCAGAUAUAUGGAAGAGGGCUUUCUCAUCCUAGAGGUCAUUGAAAUUCCCACCUCGGAGAAGGAUAUCGAGAAGGAACACUUAACUCAGUUAAAAAAGUGGAAAACCACACACGGUGACCUGAAAUACAAGCCCCAGCCCAGAUUGCACGGCGCUAAAGCCAUUAAUAAAUCUGAGCCGCACUCCCACAAAGCUUUGGUGCAGGCUCCCUCCAUCGUAAUAAACUCCCCUCCUACAUCUCCCUCUCCGGAUCCCGACAAAGUUAUGAAGAAGAAAAAAGAAAAGAGCUCAAAGGAUAAAAAGGAGAAAAAGAAAGGAAUGCGAGAGCCCAUGGCUAACGGGUCGGGAUCCGGGGAGGCUGUACAGUUUUUGGAUGACCAGUUCACUAACCAGCCGGUAGAUACCACAGCAGAGGCCAGCCAACCUCCACUGCAAACAAACUCUGCCUUACACCAGUCCGUACAAAGUCUCAGCUCGGGAGAGUCGGAACAGGACACGUACUUGUGAAAUGAAUGAUUCCAGCAACAAGAACAAUGCAUCCAUCUUCUUCCUCCACUUGCCUGGACUGUUGAUCCAAUACUAUCAUUCCAUCAGUGUACCUGAUUUGUGGAUGCUGCUGCUGAGCCAUUGAUACUGUAAUGAAUUUAAACUUUGUGGUUGACAAAGUGUGGGGACCCCUUUCGUGGCUUAGCCCAACAUCACCAAGUUGAAGAUUCUUGCAAUACUGUAGUUUACUCGGAAUUCUGUUUUGGCUUGGUUCCCGCUGCCUGACGGGUUAGUGUGAUAAACUAAAAGUGGACCGGAUCCAGCAAAGGACCUGAUUCAUCAGCAAUGGAAGCAGAAUAAGCUAAAUACCGAGUUAAUUUAUGGGACCAGUGGAAUCAACAGCAUGGCAGUCAUGUCAUCAAUGAAAAAGCUUUGAUAGAAGAAAAUAUUUUUACGAUAUUUUUCCUGUUGCUGUUUCCAGCAGUAACGUUGCAUGUUGCAGCUGCACUAUCCCAAAUGAAUUUAUUUUUAUUCUAAUUCAAGAUGAAUGAUGGAUUUCCGCACCCCCUACUACCACCCUUCCCUCGACCAUUCUUUGAUUAAAUAUCUGUUGCGUUCCAGUUUUCAGAAGAAAAAGUGAAAUUCCAAGCAGGUGUGGGAGCCAGUGGACCAGGUUGAAGUGAAGUGGUGUCUCCACGAGCCUGUUUUAAAAUCUCAACUUGUUGAGAUUACAGUUACAGUUACAGUAUUUGUAUUUAACCACAUUGAGGGGAUGGGGGUAAAGGAGAUUAAUAUUUUCUAUUCAUAAAGCCAAAUUGUGUGUCUAACUUUGGUUAGGGAUUGAGCAUGCAGUGGUUUUAAUGAUUGAAACACUCAAUGCAUCUACAUUAGCUUGUACAGUUAUUUCUAUACAUGUACAGGCAAACUACCAAUCUUAAUAGCCAAGCAGAAGAAAUUGAGGCAUGGAUUUAAAUAAAUAUGCCAACUUGCUCUGUUUCUCCUUGAUGUCAAGGGCUGCAAUCUGCUGUAGUACAGAAAGAUAGUCAGCCUCAUUAGCUUAGAAAACAAAUUAAUGUAUUUUCAAAAAAGAAUUUUUCCCUAGCACUUUUUUUUCCCUUUGAGGAAUGUAAAUUUUGAGAAAUUGAUAGAUUUACAAGAACUACUUGCGAAUCCUGUUGACGAACCAGAUACUGUACCACAGGACCAGAGUAUGAGUUAUUUUGCUGCUGUCUUGUAUAAUCUAGCUAUUUUUCUAUAUAUAACUACGAAUGCACAAUGGGUUUGCAGCAGUCAAGUGCUGUUUGGGGCCAGGCAAAGUAAUUGUUUUCCUCUUUUUGUAGAUUAUAAAGCCAAAUGUACUAUACAAUGCCUAAUGUUCUACAGUGUAAAGCCUAUACUCUAGCUACUGCUCACCUCUGGACUCAAAUGACAACAAUUGAGGUGAUGUGGAAAUGCAGUUUUUCUUUGAUUGAUCUAGUGUUAGAAUCCAUGUACUUUGCUGUAUUUAAAGAAUCCUUGAACUGUUGUGUCAGUUUGUCUUGUUAUAUGCCGUUGAUUGACCAUGAAAAUAUCUGGGAGCUGUUUAAUAUUGUCCAACGUACAAUUGUAUAUGUGGGCGUGUAGCAGAAGCACUUAUAAACCUAAUACAACUGAAUCUUUCUGUGCUUUUUCUACAGUGUUUCACAUGUUGGUGAGUUUAUUAAGCUACACAGCUUUAUGUUACUUUGAUGCAAUGGAUUCGGAAUGAACACAAUAAAACCUUCUGGGAAGCA